CGCCAGAGCCACGAGUGACGGCAGAAGCAGCCAAUGGCAGCCAGCGGCGGGCUCUGCACACGGCACGGCCUCGCCUCCCUUGGGCUGAGCUCCGCCAUUUCUCGGAAGCCUGGGCUGAGGAGCGGCCCAGGCGCUGGGCCUGGCCCGGGCAGGAGGCCAAGGAAGCGCCGCUGCGCUGAAGCGCCGGGAGCUCGGGGUGCCCGGGAGCUGAGGGCGCUGCGAGCUGGGGGAUUUUUCAUUCCUAAGCUGUGGCCAGAUGGAGGAGGAGGAAAAGCCCUGGAGAUGCCGCACGAGGAGAGUCUGCAAACCCAGCCCAGGGAGCUGCAAGGAGGAAAGAUCCCCCCAGUGCCAGGAAGGCGGCCGGAGUUCCAGCCAGAACUCGGAGCUGGGGGAGAAAGCUCAUGGUGGGGAGAAGCCCCACAAAUGCUUGGAAUGUGGGAAGAGCUUCAGAAAGAGCUCCCACCUGUUCCGGCACCAGGUGAUUCACACUGGGAAAAAGCCCUACGAGUGUGGGGAAUGUGGGAAGAGCUUCAGAGACAUCUCUGGCCUCAUGCAGCACCAAGUGAUCCACACUGGGGAAAAGCCCUACGAGUGUGGGGAAUGUGGGAUGAGCUUCAGCCAGAGCUCAAAUCUGAUCCGGCACCAGAGAAUCCACACUGGGGAAAAGCCCUAUGAGUGUGGGGAAUGUGGGAAGAGCUUUGGGUGGAGCUCUGACCUGAGAAAACACCAGCUCAUCCACACGGGGGAGAAGCCCUAUGAGUGUCCUGAGUGUGGGAAGAGGUUUCAGCGCAGCUUCACUCUCAUCAGACAUGAGCGGAUUCACACAGACGAGAGGCCCUUCCGCUGCCCCGACUGCGGGAAGAGCUUCAACCGCAACUCCACUCUCACUGCCCACCGGCGCAUCCACACUGGGGAGAGGCCCUACGAGUGUCCCCAGUGUGGGAAGAGCUUCUCACAGAGCUGUAUCUUGACCCAGCACCAACGGAGGCACCACUAAGGGAAUCCCUGUGAGUGCCCCAAGUGUGGGAGGAGCUUCGUGCGCUGCUCCAGCUCCAUCCCCCAUGGGAGGAUCGGCGUUGGAUGAUCCCCAGUGACCCCCAUUGGGCAGAGCCCUGGUGAUCCGUGGUCCUGGUGAUCCUUGUUGGGAAGACACCUGGCUGGGAGGCUCCACAUCUUCCUGGCUCUCUGUGGGCACCUGGAUGAACACAGAGACAGGAACAUCCAUUGUGACACAGCCCAACAAUGGUAAUUCCUUGAGGGGAGCAGAUUUGUUGACUUUCAGUCCUAGAGAACCUUUUGCUGUCGCCUCAGGAGCUCUGUGGAAAGAGAAAAUGGGAUGACAUUGGGCUUGGGGGCCUUGAGGAAAGCACACAUGCUCUGAGGGAGGGAGGACACAAGACCCAGGACCCCCUCUCACAUUCUUGCUCAGGUAGAAGCCGAACCCCAGCACCAGGAAGAUGAAGUCCGACGUGGAGCCCCUGAUCUCCAUGAGCAUCUUGCUGCGGGUGGCAUUUCACAGCAUCCCUGGCAGGUCUGCAGAGCGUCCCCAAAACCUCUCACAGACUCCGCAAGCUCCUCCAAGGACCCUCCCAGUCUCCCCCUGCCCACCCAGGACCCUCUGAAACCUCCUUUAGAGUCAUUAAUUUUAAAAAAUGAAGAAUUUUAGAAAAAUUAGAGAUGUUAGCUAGAGAUAGGCCUUGCUGGAACUAGAGUUAAUGAUUAAGAGAGAAGCAGGAUUUGAGAUAAUCUUGGAUUUAGGUAAAAAAUGUCAUAUGUUUGUUCAGCUGUGCUUAUAAUGAGAAAAGAGGAACGGAUCACGGAUAGAGGAGCCGAGAGAAAGCUGACCCUAAGGUCAGGUAAGCCGUCAAAAGGGAGCAAAAAAAUUGGAAACAUGUCCAAACCUGAGGGGGAGGUUUUGGCUAUUUUGGAAGCUAUGGUAAAGGAGCACCCGCUCUCUGUGUCCACAGAGAUCCACACGGAGGAGCUUGAAAGCCUUCUAUCCUGGGUACGGGUAGAAUUCCCUAACGUGGAUUCAGAGAAAAUUUUUACCCCAAGCCUGUGGGAGAAGAUAAACGUGAGAAUAUAUGAAAAAACACUCUAAGAGACCGGGCAGUGACUGAACUUCUGAUGGCUUCUGCAGUGAUUUAUGAAGUCAUCACCAGUAAAUGGGACUCUGAAACUCAGGCAAGGGACACUAUGGGUCCAGAAAAACAGAAGGGUUUGUUUCAGUCAGAUGUGGAAUGCUUGUUACCGCACGCUGUAAAGUCUGUGGCGCCCUUCCUGAAAUCUACCUUAGGAAAGAGAAUGUCUAAGCCUGUUGAAAGCCCAGAAAAACAACUAUACAGAGACGAGGAGGCGAUUCUAAAACGCGGGCAGAAUCUGCAAAAAGGGGUCUUAGAGCUUUUGCAAGAGUGUCUGGGUUCUCUUGGAGCUGUUCCAGCACCCGGUAUGCUGUUGCAGGCAGAAGAGGGAGGGGAAACGACAGCCGAGUCCCUUUCCGGCCCUAGGGGGGUGGAGGGGACAGCCCUGUCCCCCCUGGGAGGGUACGGGAGGGUUUGGCCCGACCCAGAGCGGUCCGGGACCUCCACGGGCACGGUGGCCCCUGUGCCCCGCCUGCCAGGGGUGGGCUUGGAGCCACAGCUGUCUGUCAAAGUGACGUCAGCAGUGACGCAACCACAGCCGCAGCUCCAGACCCCGCCUGCGGCACCGCCCCCAGGCCAGCCCUCAUCAGGGGUGCCCAUGACGUCACAGGGAGGCGUGGUGACAUCACAGGGAGGCACAGUGAUGUCACAGGGAGGCGUGGUCCCGUCCCUCCGUGCCCAGCCCGGAGCGGGGGGCAGGCAUGCGCACAAGCAGAGCCUCGGCCUGCGCCGAGCGCUGCAGCCCUGUCACCAUGGCAACAGAUGCUAAAGGAAGCAGCAGCAGCGGCUGAACUGCAGUGUCAGCAAGCAGCAGCGGCACUUUUAAAGUUGAAUCCGCUUUGCAAUACAGCUGCAGCAGAGCAACAACAGCUUGGAUAAACAGCAGCUUCACCACAGCAGAUAGAUUCACUGGAUACCACACAAAGCCAAGAGUCUUUUGAGCACAGCCGUGCUAAUGCACAGUUCUUUCAAUCUACAAAUCCUCCCACAGACAUGGACACAGGGUUACGGGACAUGUCAAUACAAAGUCCAGUAUUUCUGGAAUGGUUUCAGAAAAAUAGCCAAAAAGUAAAAAUCAAAAGCAUUGUAAGAUGCAUUACUGACUAAUCUGCAAAUCAUUGCAGUCAGUUAAGCUUCAGAGAGAAGCCCUUAUUGAAGUGCCUUCAAAAAUGGAUCAAAAAGUUUAAAAAAUGUGGCAUAAUAGAAUACAUAUGGAUGUUCUGUUUCUAAUGAUAUCUGCUGGUUUUGUUUUUAUAAAUAACAUAGAAAAUGAUGAUAUUUUUGCAUCCCAAGAAAUUUAAAAUAUUUUGGUUCUGUUUCAGUAUUCCAAAUACAUGAAGGUUUUGAAAAUGUUACCUUCUCUAUACAUCUACUGAUAAUGUAAUAUUGUAUGAUAUGGAGUGAUCAUCAAGUAUUAUUACUGUAGUUGCAGUCAAUUUCUGCAAGAUGCAUUUCUUUAAAAUUGAAUUGAAAGAUCAUAUGAUAAACCCUACAGAAAAAGGAUUGAAUGACAGUUUUUUUUCAUUUUUAACUUUUCAUUUGAAUAAGUGUAUUGUGGAUUUAGUUCAAUACAAUUUUCAGUAGUGUCAAAGUUAUGUUAACCAUAUAUUACCCAUUUGCUUGUUUUUUGGUUUUUUUUACAAUUUUAAUAAGGAAAUUUUAAUGUGAGUCCUUUUGUUAUAAAAAACAUGUAUAACAGCAUAUAUACCAAUUUAAAUUUUGGAUUUUAGUUAAAAAGUUAAGACUUAAUGUUUCUGAAAAGUACUACAAAAGCUGAAUAGCAACUUGUCAAAUCUGUGUUGUUGUAUUUUUUCUCUAGUAAAACUGCACUCUAAAAAUCCUAACAAAUUUAAGCAUAUGCCAAGCAAGUUCUUGUUACGAAUGGGUAUUUUUAAUAACAUUUUUAAUAACAUCUGUAGUUGUUGUGAGUUAUUCUCAAAACCAGAUAACAGAAUGGUGAUGUAUUUGCUGCAUCCCUAUAGUGAAUCAAUGUUCCUGUUAUAUUGUGUUCAAGAAGUGUAUACCAAAUUUUUAGUUGCCUUUUUUAUAAUAAUAGAGUAAGAUUAAGUCGUGUUUUCAUCUGAUAUAGAUUAAGUGUUAAUAAGAUUAAGCAGAGUUAAACCACUAUAUGUAAGUUUGAGUGUUUUUAACUUAAGUUAUAACUUUGGUAUUUUUUGAUGUUAAGUUUUGUUACUUCCUUUUAUCAUAAUUAAUUUUUAACAGGUUUAAAUUUAAAUUGCUUCAUGUUUUAUUGAAGACAUUUGUUUAAACUGCGUAGUUAUUUUCCUGGAGAGAUGAAGAUAACUACAACUGAAACAGCUGUGAUAGACCACUGGUGAACACCUGCUUAAGAAUAGAGGUGAAUGCAAUUUGAGACACCCUUGAUUUCAUUGGAGGUUCUAUUGUUUGUUAUAAUCUCUGCAGUUUUCGUUUUAUAUAAAUUGCACAAAAGAAUAGUGAUUGUUAUUUACAAAAAAAUUAGAAAUUUUUCACUUUAAUUCAUUUUUAGUCACUAAGACGUGAAUGUUUUAAAAAUAUUAUCUUGAUUUCUUCAGACACUUACUGAUGACAUAUUCAUUGUAUAAUGUAAAUUUAUAGAUUUCUAUGAUGAGCAUUAUCUAUAAAGUGUCUUUGUAUUUACAGCCAGCUUUAUACAUAUUUUGAUAUAUCUUUGUGUAAUUACCUUUUAGACACAUAUCAUUUGAGAUUUUUUUUGUUUUCUAACUACAGAUGCAUCUUGGCAAAUAAGCUAUAUAGCUGUUCCUAUACAGAGGUGGUUUUUGGUGUUGGUUUUUACUCUUUUCUUUGUUUAAGAAGAUUUGCAUUUGCCUAAUCCAGUGUAGCGUUAUUAUUUUAGUUUCCAGGAUUCUAAGAAAAAAAAAUCAUUGUUGAAAGUUAAGUGUUAUGAAAGAAACUUCAGAUUAAAUUAACUGGUGAAUGGUUUAAUUAGUCAAUUACCUAAGACAUCUGGUAAUUUGUUUUAUACAAAUGCCUUUUAAAAGUUUGCUGUGUUUUAAGCAUCUUAUAGCUGUUAUUUUUAAACCCCUUGCUUUGAAAAUGACUUAAGAGACAUCUUUCCAGAUGAGACCUAAGGCUCUGGCCAAGCCUUGACUUUACCUGGAUGGAGAAUUUACCAAUAAACCCAGAAGUUUUCUGCAUCAAAACAAUAUUCAGGUCAAUUUGACUUGGCAAUUAGUGAUUUAAUAUAGCAGCUGGAUUUUACAUUGAGCUUGGAAAAUUGUUAUCCGGACAUGAUUUUCCAAUCUUCCAUUGAUUUAUCAGCUGUGGCAGACUCUGGGAUGAGAGUAUAUAUUUAGUAUAUUCAGUAAUUCAUAUUACAGAUUAUUCAGAUAAGUUUAAUAUUGCAUUAUAUUAAUUAUGCAUCUUCUUAAUAAGUUUUUGAUUUCUGUAAAAGUGUUAUUUCCUAUAUGUGUAUACAUAUGCAAGUGUUUUACUUUGAUGGUUUUUCAUUGUCAUAACAAAAAAAACAAAUACCUUAAUUACAAAAAAAAGGGGCUAUGCCUCAGAAGUAUAAAAACCUUAUAUAUCUUAAAUGUUUUGGAAAAAGCGUAAAGAUCUUAUAUCUAUUGCAAAUAAUUCUUGAACAGUCCUUUUAAACAAGUCUGUUACAAAGCCAAUUCCAUCAAUUAUCAGGUAUUGUUCUAACAGUUCUCAAACAAAGUCGAGAGAGAGUUCUUUGGUUCUGGUCAAAAGUUCAGAAGCAGGACAGAUUAAAAAUUCAUUUCAAUUAAUAAUUUGGAGGAAAGUCUAUGUUUUUGUAUUCACAGGUUCAAAACAGAAGUAACUUCCUAGAGAAGAACGUGGAAACUCAUCAGCUGCAGAGACAAGCAGACAGCCCAAAGAGCAGAAGAGCGAGCACGCUGAUGUGAACUGUAUCAGGACCACAGUUGACAGCUGAACAGCUUGGAUCCCACAUGCAAAAGCAAUGGACUUUGGGUUUCAUGUGAAAGAGUGGGAAAAUUAAUAUUGUAAAGCCUCAUUUGUUAAAACAUGAGUGAAGGAAAAAUAACCCUUCUUGAAAAGUAAUCCAAGAAAAUAUUUGGGUUGAUUUUUUUUAAUUGUUUUUUUUUAAAAAAGAGAGGGGCAGAUGUUGGAGUCUGAGAUACAGAGUGUGUGCCCUUGUUUCUAAUACUUUUUUCUAGGAUUCAAAGAAACACUGAAUUUCAUAUGACAUGAAAUUCAUGAGCAUGUUUUUAUGGUGAUACAUGAAAACAAAUGUUAAAGUUAGAUAGGAAAAGUCUAAGUGUGUAGAUUAGAAAGUUUCUUAAAUCUCCGUGCCCCGAGAGCAGCGGCCCGGACAGAAAAGUUCAGGAGCGGGAGGAGGUGUUUCUCAAGAUUGAUUUUAAUCCUCAUUCUCCUGGUCUGAUUUGCUCAGUCCUAAAUUCAAUUCAUUUCCCCAUGUCGGGCUGUUGUGCCCGUGAUGGUGAUCCCUGAGUGACCUCUCCCUGCCCUUGUCCCGACCCACGAGGACUUGGAUUUGUUUCAGUUCAGUGGAAUUCAUGGUGAUUUGGGGGGAGCUGGAGCAAAGCAGCUGGAAAGCACAGUGGGCUUGACAGGGACUGAACCAGGGCAGGAGUUGGGGCUGCCUCGAGUGAGCUCUCACAGUGUGAACCUU